AUCAAUUGUCACAUCCUGUAAACCCUACAUGCAGUGACAGGGGGGCACACUAGCAGAGUCUGCACGGCCAUACUGCACACAAAACAGCGAAUGAGAGGAUAGGGGGAGAGGCAGAGAGAAAAUAAGGAAUGGGAUUUGUUUUUGGGACGAGUGCAAGGCGACUUCAACCUAUGAAGUUCUCCAUGGGGUAAUCAGGUUGGGCUAUUUCCUCCGAUGGAAUACCUUCGCAAUGGUCAACAUGGCUAACUACAACAAGAAACGGAGUGACAACCCAUAUCAUUGAGAAUCCCAAGGGCAUGUGGCAGUGAGACCAUGGGUGACUGGAACCUGCUGGGCAGCAUCCUAGAGGAGGUCCAUGUCCAUUCCACCAUCGUGGGCAAGAUCUGGCUUACCAUCCUCUUCAUCUUCCGCAUGUUGGUGCUGGGGGUGGCUGCCGAAGAUGUGUGGGAGGACGAGCAGACAGAGUUUGUGUGUAACACUGACCAGCCGGGCUGCAAGGCUGUGUGCUACGACCGUGCCUUCCCCAUCUCCCUCGUUCGCUUCUGGGUGCUGCAGGUCAUCUUCGUGUCGGCACCCUCUCUGGUCUACAUGGGCCAUGCCCUCUACCGCAUCCGCUUCCUGGACAAGGAGCGCCACCGGCGACGUGCCCAGCUGCGCGACGAGCUUGGCGAGCCGGAGGUGGCCCUGGAAGAGCACCGGCGCCUGGAGAGGGCGCUGCGUCGGCUGGAGGAGCAGCGCCGGGUGAAGAAGGUGCCCCUCAGAGGCUCCUUGCUGAGGACCUACAUCAUCCAUAUCCUCACACGCUCCGUGGUGGAGGUGUGCUUCAUCCUGGGCCAGUAUGUCCUCUAUGGCCUGCGCCUGGAGCCUCUCUACAAGUGCGAGCGGCUGCCGUGCCCCAACAGCGUGGACUGUUACAUCUCCCGGCCCACCGAGAAGACCAUCUUCAUGGCCUUCAUGUUCGUCAUCGCCGCCGUCUCGCUUUUCCUCAACCUUCUGGAAAUAUCCCACCUGGGAGUGAGGAAAAUCAGGCAGACGAUAUACGGAGAUAAGUACUCCGAAGAGGACAGCUUGAUUUACAAGCCCAAGAAGAAGCGCACCUUGCAGCACCUUUGUCUUAUGCGCCACUUGUCGCCUCAUAACGGACCGUCAACUCAAACCUUAUUUAAGGGGAUUCCUGAGGGAGGGACGAACGCAGUGCAUCAGAACAUGGGGCUCAGAGCUAACCAGCAGACAACGACAACAACAACAACCAGACAUAACAGCCUGGCUCCUCUUGGACACUAUCAGACAAACUGCAUCGCACCUGGAUCAAUGGUACCACAGAACCAAUACCAGACCGGGCAGGAGGGGGCCACUCAAGGCCUCCAAACCCAUGAAGGCCCAGAGACAAACUCCAGGGCCUUGAUGGACCAACACCCUCUGGUCUGGCCUGCGGUUCCUUGUAAUGUAGAAGGCUGGCCAAAGGAGCAGACUCAAUACCCUGAGGAGCUCCUUCGACCCAUGGAGCCUCCUCGAGUGCUCCAGACUCAGGGGUACAACAUGGCCCACAGGCCCAGCCUCGCAGCCAGGGACAUGGAGGAGGAUGUGGAGAGAAAGUACUCGAUAGGCAGUGACCUCUUUCAUCUGAACCACAGGAAGACCAGCUUCAUGGUAAAGCCUCCGUCCGAGAGCAUGUCCACCAUCAGCGGCUCAAGCAGCCCCUCGAUCCAUUCGUCUGAGGAAUCUGAUGAGCUGGGCUCUCUGCAGGGGGACAUGCCUAUGAUGCCCCCUGCUGGAGGGCGCAGGAUGUCCAUGAGUGUGUUCCUGGAUAUCUCCUCAAUCAUGAAAAAGUGAAGAGAAGAAGACAACGUAGCUCCAACACAAGACAACAUAACGACUAUAUGGUGUUAUGGGAUGGUGUUCGUAGUUGUGUACGGUAUGAGAAAGCAAAAAGGAUAUAUCAAAGAUUCAUCCACAAACAUUAGUACACAGUCCUGUUAACCUGGGCCAAUAAAUGCUACCAAGCACACAGCACAACUCCUAGGUAGUCACAGUACCAACCUCAAAUAUGUAUUCCAUUCCAAGCACCUUAAAAUACACUUUUUUAAAUCCAGAUUUGAGGAUCGUUGGUAUGGUUCAAAUUGAUUGUGUCACCGAAAACCACAUACUGUUUGUGAUAUUGAAUGUGUGAGAAUGUAGACCCCUGGAUUAUGCGGGAUAUCCAUGAAGGAUGGUGAUGCUUAUAAUAGCAUGGACUAUUUUAAACAAACAAAUGUAAAAGUUUUAUUUUUUUCUAAGUAAAAGACUUGUGUAUUACUUGUAGUUAUUUGUAAGCAACAUUGUUUUAUGGAAAAAAAAAUAAGAAUUUAUAAAAUGUUAAAAUUA